UGGCUGGGUCUGGGCUGGGGCGCUGGCCUGCGCGCUCGGCUUCCUUCUCUGCGCUCGGGUCCCACGCCCAGCUCGGCCAUGAACCGGUGCUCCGAGGCGGCGGCGGUGGCGGCCACCGUGCCAGGCUCGGGCGUCGGGGCCGCAGAGCAUCGGCCGCCCAUGGUGCCUCGCCAGGCGUCCUUCAUCCCGCCGCCGGUGCCCAACCCCUUCGUGCAGCAGACGGGGCUCGGCACGGCCAGGCUGCUGCAGGCUUUCCUUCUUGGAAUCAUCCUGCUCCCACUUCGGGUCAUUUUGAUUGGAUUGCUUUUCUUAUUAUCUUGGCCAUUUGCCGCCGCCUUCAUAGCUUGCUGUCCCGAGAAGCCGACUUACCCAUUGACCGACUGGAGACGGACAGUUACUCACUUGGUUUUGAGAUAUCUGGGUUACGCCCUCUACUUUUCCAUGGGAUUUAAAGUGAGUGUGAAAGGAAAGGCUGCGAGCGCUUUGGAAGCACCCAUUUUUGUUGUCGCCCCUCAUUCGUCCUUCUUUGAUGGGAUUGCCUGUAUUGUGUCUGGACUGCCUUCGUUGGUGUCUCGGUAUGAAACUGUCCAGAUCCCUAUGAUUGGCAGUAAGUACUUGAAAGGUCUCUUACGGGCCGUGCAGCCAGUGUUGGUGUCCCGUGUGGAUCCGGAUUCCCGAAAGAACACAAUAAAUGAAAUAAUAAAGCGAGCGACCUCCGGAGGGGAAUGGCCCCAGAUACUAGUUUUCCCAGAAGGUACUUGUACUAAUCGUUCCUGUUUGAUUACUUUUAAACCAGGAGCCUUCAUUCCGGGAGUCCCCGUGCAGCCCAUCCUCCUCAGAUACCCCAACAAGCUGGAUACUGUGACCUGGACAUGGCAAGGAUAUACAUUCAUCCAGCUUUGUGUGCUGACUUUCUGCCAGCCCUUCACAAAGGUGGAAAUCGAGUUUAUGCCUGUUCAAGUACCAAGUGAUGCAGAAAAAAACGAUCCUGUCCUUUUUGCCAAUAGAGUCCGCAAUUUAAUGGCAGAAGCUCUGGGGAUACCCGUGACAGAUCAUACCUAUGAAGACUGCAGAUUGAUGAUUUCAGCAGGACAGCUAACAUUGCCCAUGGAAGCCGGGUUGGUGGAAUUUACUAAAAUUAGCCAGAAAUUAAAAUUGGAUUGGGAUGGCAUCCGUAAGCAUUUGGAUGAAUAUGCGUCUAUUGCACGUUCCUCAAAAGGUGGAAGAAUUGGAAUUGAAGAAUUUGCUGAGUAUUUAAAAUUACCUGUUUCCGAUGUCUUGAGACAACUUUUUGCUCUCUUUGACAGGAGUACACCAGUGUGCCUAAUGACUUAUUCUGUGAUCUCACAGAUGAAUGAUUCUUUACCGUGGUACUCUUCAGCAACCUCCUUCUAUAUGUAGGACCUGGGCCUCAUUCAUUGCUUGCUCACAGCAUACAAAUAAUUUGUUCUCCCUCAUGAAAUGACCAUGUUUCAAUGCUACAGUGUGACUAUAAAGUGUAAUGAAGAUUUAGGGGAAAGGAGAAGGAUGUCAUUGGAUUUAACUUUGUAAACUGGGAAAUUGGAGAUACCUUUUUCCUUGUAUAUUAAUUGUCUUUUUACAAGAUUUAUGUGGCAGCUACCAUGAUGGCUGUAGACACUAUGCAAUUUGAAAUGGCAUUUCUCUGUAUGAAUUUGGUGUCAGGAAGGAAUAUGGCAGGGACAUACAAACAAGGACUGGAUGGGGGGAAAUGAGAGGGACCGAAACAGGGACAGAGGAGGAGUUUAUAGCACAUCUUAGACAUUGUGCUCACUGGGAUUUAAAAUCAACAUUAAACACAGUAUCUGUAGAGGUUGCCCUGUCCUCGAGGUGUCAAACUGUCAUAGUUUGCAGUCACAGAAUUGUUAGGACACUAGUUCUGACUUCUGAUGAUGAGUGAUAACCCACCAACAGCCCACUGUUUCUAUGGCACUGUUAAUUUUAGGAAGAUCUGGGAGUGGGGACGGGGCACAAAGCGAGCAUUAAAACAUUGGCUCACUUUGAACUGGAGCAGUCAGCUGACCCAGGCGCUUGGAGACCCUUGAGCAGUGUAGCCCACUGGUCAGUCGUGCUUCUCCGUGGCUGCUUCCAUAGGCUCUGAUACCAUUUAUAACUGAGUUUUCUUCACUUCUUUAAAUGAUGUGAUAUAGCCCCAGAGAUGAACCUUAAGCUGGUCUAGAAAAUGCUUUUCUUGUGGCUCUUCAACCUACUGGAAGAUCAGGGAGAAUAAUGACUCAGGCUCUUGUUUCUCCCUCCUGCUCCCCCUGUUUAGCACACCUGCAUGUCUGUGCCUGUGAGGUUCUCUCUGUUUUGAGAAGCUGAGCUAUGCAUCGUUGCCACGCCUUGGCCACAUAUCUGCUUCCAAGCCGGUCUCCUUUGUUCAGUCUGUUAAAGGGACCUCGCUGAGGAACAUUCGAUGGGAAGAGCAAGGAGGCUCGGGCGCUCCGUGGUGGUUUCUGUAGGAGUAGCCUAUCUGGCUGCAUUCAGUGCUUACCAGGGCUGGGGUUGGGGAGAGACAGGGCUGAGUUCCUGUUGCUCUCCAGCAGCUGUAACUUCUUGCAGUGCCAAACUCCCAAAGCCCCUCCCUCACCCCCUUCCCAUUUUAUCGCCUUCCUCUCCACUCCCCCACCCCUUUAUUUUCCUUUCUCAGUCUUUUCCAAGUCUGUUACAGGUGUGGUUCAGAUUUGGGGGAUGGAGAAGGGAUCUGGUUCUCUCUCCAUCAUUCCUUCAUUCUUCUCAGUGUGUUCUUGGCUAGUCUACAAAAACUUCAUAACCGUUUCUGCCUUAGUUUGUCCUUAAAAAUAUGUUAUUAGAUCCUUCUAGCAUGUUCUUUAGAAUCUCAAAUAUUUGGUGACAGACCGUUUGAAGGUCCAACAAAAAUAUGGCAUUCAUGAUCCAAAGCAGAGCAGAGUUUACUAGUUUGGAACAAUUUCUUUAGAAAGAUUCAAUCUCUUUGGAAAACAAAACAAAACAAAAAACAAAUCUUUUUAUCUUUGGGUUCAAGUUAGCAUCUUUAUCUUCAUGAAUAUGUAUUGAAUACUCCAGAUCAGAGGCUAAUUAGGGAUUCGCCAGAGUUGAAGCCUGGAAAAGUGGUUUAAAAUCACGACCUUCUCUCAGUGUCUUCAUAUUCCUAAUUCAAAUUAAGUACCACAUAUUUUGCUAGCACACUUGACGGGAUUUAAAAGCAUUUAAUGAGAUUAAGAAAUAAUAGAGUCUAAAUGAGAAGCAAUUACAAAGCAGUCAUUUUUACAGUUGUAAAAGUGUCUGUGUCAUUCAUUUUGUUCUUCUUAAACUGUGCAGUUGAGUAGACCCGUAUGCUGCCCUCAUAGCAGUAUCUCGUGUACUAUGAGAUAGCCCUCAAAUAUUUCAGUAAGAACGUAAUUGUUGUUGUGAGUUUGCCAACACACCAUGCUGUCUUCUUGCUACUAGCACGCCUUCCACCCUCCAUCUCAGGACGUGUCCAGCUUGAUGUUCCACCUGACACCAUGCCACAACAGCGUGCAUGCUCCCUGCUCACAACCUAUAUUUCAAGCUAUAUUCCAGAGUCAGUUAAGUAUUUUGGAAGCAAAAUAUUUUUGACUCUGCAGGCCAUAAGGUCUCUGUUGCAAAUAUUCAUCUCUGCCACUGAGGUAUGAAGGCAGCCAUAAACAGUGCACAGACAAAUGGGCAUAACUGCACCCCAAUAAAACUUUAUCUCCAAAAAUGGCACCAGUCUGGAUCUAGCCAACAGCUGUAAUUUGCUGAUCCUGGUGUAUCGCCUAAGCCGAUGCAAACAAAGCAUGCUGGCAGGUUUAAGGAAUGGAUUGAAGGAUGCCUGUCUGUUCUUACAGUGACCACUGUUAACCUGUGGGAUCUUCACAUGGGAUUGAAAGCAGAUCACUGGGAAUCUUAAUCUGGACUAAUCUGUGUUCCUCUUGUUAAUAUCCUCCCACAACUCUAACUAGUAGUAUAUCCUUCAUCUUCACACAUGAGAGGAAAAGAAGGAGGAAGAUGGAUUUUCAGUUCCUUAGCUGUAGUCUGAGUCUACCUUGUUUUUCCAGUCCUCUUAGGACAUAAUAGAACGUUGCCUAGUAAAAUUUAGACGGUUAUUAUUGCCAUUCUAUAAAAACUGUUGGACUAGUGCCAUGAGGUUUCUUGUUUCUGCUAGCUAGUACUCGCUCGCUGCUUCUGGCAUUGCAGUGUGCUUUGCUUAAAUAUUAGACAGGAAAAGUUUGUGUCUACUUUAGCACUUUGGCAACCCAGGCUUUGGGGCUAUUGUAAACUUCUGUAAAUCUUUUGUUACUGUUUCAUUAUGUGGAAUGAAUGUUUCUUUAUCCCAAGUUCUUCCUGCCUGUCCUGUUCUUGGUUUCAGUUCAAGUGUCAGUCUGGAGUGCCAGUAAUAACAGGCGUCCCCUCUGCCCCUUCCUGUUCGGGAGGGGGGGUGUUGUCUCCUACAGGUUUUUUUCUCAUGCUGAAAGUUGGGGCAGGAUACCUAGGUGGCUUUAGUGAUUGAAAAUAAACUGUAAAAUUUCUAUCAUUUAAAUUUGCAGUUCAGAUUUGAUAAGUAAUACAGUAUUAAAUAGUUCACAUGAGAACGCAUCUUGAUUCCAAUCUCAGUUUGCCGGGACUUGCAAUGUGAAACCCACUCUAAUUCAUAUUAUAUAAUUUUUUAGUAAAGGCUAUGAUUUUCUGGGUGGAACAGAUGAACUUUUCUAUUCAGUCAUCCUGAAAGCCAAGUCAUUCUAUAUAUCUGAGCCCUUUCCUCUUCAGUUCUCAGGUUGACUUGACUCCCAUCAGCCCAUCACUCUAUUUUCUCUGUCUGAGGGCUGUUGUACUAGAAAUAUCUGUUUAGACCUGAGAAUCAUGUACUUUACUUUUGUCUUUUCAAUGCCUGUAUAGCAGGGAGAUGAACAGAGGAAGUGAAGGAGUCUGCAUAAAACUCAAUCUUGACUUUUGAACUAAAGCAGAUGAUCAAUGAUUGGCCUCCUUCAAGACCUUAAGGAAGUAGAGAACAGAGCUCUGUAAAGAAUGGAUUGCGUCAGACCCAUCUAAUUUCCUCUGAUGACAAAGUGACAGUCCAAAAUGAUAAGGGAAAAAUAGAUAUUAUCUAUGUGGAUUCUAGAAAGGCUUUUGAUUUCAUCCAAUGUGACAUUCUUAUCAACAAAUUAGGAGAGUCUGGUCUUGAUCACAUUGCAGUGAGGUGAAAUUCCCACUUGAUGGAGAGGUUUGACCCAAACUCAGAGUCGUAGGUCCUUACGUUAGUCUAAACCAGGUUCUUUUCUCCUUUCUUGGAAUUGUUUGAAGGAGCCACCUACUUGAUGGGUUGAGAUCAGGAAUUCUUUGGAAACAGUCAGUGUGUCAAAGUGGGAAUAAGGGUAAAUACGCUUGUCUUCAAAUUAAUGGAACCAGACUCAAGAUACAGAAUGAUUAAGUUGAUAUGUAGCAUGGAAAGGCUCAGGGACCAAAAGGACCCUUAACUGAAUGUAAGAGAAGGCCGCUGCUGUCACUGGAAAUCUAGACUCGUAGAACUGGAGAGCUAGAGGAGCCUUGGGAGCACAUUGUUCAUCCUCUUCAUUUGCAGAAGGGUUGCUAGCCCAGGAAGGGGGGUGUAUGCUGUUAGCAUUGACUUAAAAACAAAACUUCCUCAAAGAAUAUUUUACAUACCAUAGAAUUUCCUUACUUCAAGUAUAUAUAAUGCAAUGAUUUUUUAAAAAUUUUUUUUUAAAGAGAGAGAGAGAGAGAAUUUUUUAAUAUUUAUUUUUUAGU